UGAAACUCCGCCUCCUGACGAGUCACACAGCCAUGGUACCAGCUAAGAAAGAGGGUGAGAGUGAGGGGGGAUUGCGUUUCAUCUGCUACUUAUCAGGGGCAGGCAGGGGUCAACACAACAGGCCUCGGUGUCUGGGAUGUUUCCGGGGGCGCAGGGUGGCGACAGCGUCGUAGGGGAGGACCGCAGGAUCUUCUGGGUCCAGCUUUUCUGCCUCAGGUGCUGAUGCUGCUGCGGAGGCUGGGCCAGCGGAUGUUGGGGCUGCCUGGGCAGCUCGUACUCAGUGGAGGGUCGGCGAUCCAGCUCGGGCCGCGUGACGGCCGCCUUGUCCCCGUCACCACUGCCCUCAUACGGGACGUCAUAUAUCUGUAAGGGCACGGGCUGACUGUCCUCCACCGUUCCCUCGCUGGCCUCCAUCAGCACACACACCUUCAGCAGGUCCUUGGACCCCCGACGUCUAAUCUCUUGCAGGUAGAAAACAAGGGAUUAAAGAUUAAAAUCUGUGCUGAGAGAUCAGUACAGAACCACAACGCAGAGAGGCAGCCUGCAGAGAUGUAUGUAUCCUUUUUAUUUGGCUGUAAUGCUGUUAUGAAUGUUGGUAAUACAUUAAUAAAUGUUAAUUAAGUUCUAAAUUAAUAGAUUUUGUUUCAGAGGUGAGGUUAGUAAAGGAUUUAUUAAUUUUGUACUACUUUUAAAGCCUUUAUAAAAGAUGAUUCAGGUCAGUAACUCAUCUGCCUUGCUUGUUGACCCACAGUGACAUCAGACUCCUGCUUACUUCCUCAGUAUGAUUUAAGCCUCAUAAAUUGACUCAGUCACAUCAUCACAUCCUCUGCAGACUUCUCUGAGGAGGCCUGGAAGUAGCACAGGCACUGAUUGAACUGCAAUAAACCAUUCGCAUUCACAGCGGGCUAUUGUGUAACCCUUUUAGUUAAAACAAUGGAGUGAUGGAAUGAAAGGUCGGGAGAGCAUGCGAUUAGCCUGACGGACCACCGGUCUUCCUAGAUGCUGGGAAGUUUUGAUAAAUGGUCAGAGAGGUCCAUAUAGGGGGUUACACAGAGCCGCGUCCGAGAGGAGGUGGGGGCACUGAGGGCCGCCUUCCUUUUUAGAGAAUGGUACCAGGAAACAGAGACAGGAAAGAGGAAGCAGGGGCAGGAAACUGCACCCAUUGUCCGAACGCAGCGCAGUUGCCAUGGCAACCCCCGUGGGGUGCAGAGAGCACUCGAGGAGCGAGUUUGUGCUCUCGCUGCUCGGCCCGCAGAGACUGAAAAUGGGAUUCGUUCACACAGGGGCUACGUGUGUGAAACGUCAGCUGUACAGAUUCUGUGAUUCAGGGACCGAAUGAAACAUCGUCGCCACAGCUGACAGCUACAAGAGGAGGCAGUAAGAGCACAUUGAUGAACGUCUCACCAGUGAUCAUCUGCUGGGCAUCGUAUGGCUCCAUGUAGCCAUCGUUCUCCCCGACCCUCUCUGCCUCCCUUUGCUCUCUGGUCUUCUGAGCAUCAAAGGGAUCUGCGUAAUCCUCUAGGAUGAUCACCUGGAUCAAAAAAACGCAGGAAAUCACUAUUUCUUUUUAUGCAUAAUUAGAUGUAAAAACAGUAUAGGCUACGUUUCCUGAAAGGAAAUAUUGUUGUUGGGCUAAAAGUGUGCCAGGCGCAUGAAAAAGAAAAUGGGAUUCCCCAAGUAGGGCAACAAUUACUUCUGACGUUUCCAGCAGAUACACCUGCAGAGAAGUUGACACAGAUGAUUUAAAGUAAAUAAAUGGUUGAAUCGUCCAACCUCUGCCACUUCAAGUAGUAGUACCAAUAUUCAACUAAAUCUACUGGAAAGAAAAGGAAAAUAAGACCAUGGACCAUUCCAGAAUCAGUAUUUGGUAUGAAAUAAAUUGCAUUUAUAUAAUUGAUAGUGUUAGAUACCAUCCAGUUAAAAAUAGGGCUGCAACUAACAAUUAUUUGAAUUAUCAUCGAAUCUGCUGAAUAUUUUCCUGACUAAUAAAUGUAUCACCUUCUAUAUAAAAUGUCAGAAAAUAGUGGAAAAUACCCAUUAUAUUUGACCAAAUGUCUUUUGGUCAAAUAGUCCCAAACCUAAAGAUGUUCAAUAUACUGUACUAUGAUGUGUUACAGACAGAAUAUCCUCAUUUUGCUAUUUUUGCAGUUAAUCAAUUAUCAAAAUAGUUGCCAAUGAAAUUGCGACCGACCGAUCGAUUCAUUAUUUCAGCUGUAGUACAGUUGGCGUCGAUGUCAGACAAAAAAGAACCGAUCAGAGUAAUACCAGACAUCUUAUCUUGUCUGAAGAGGCACUCUUUGUUGUAAAUCCCACUCUCUUCACAUUCACAUCUGUCUGUUCACAGCCUCUAUUCUGCGACACCGGUCACGCCUGACUGUCCUGUCAUCUUAUCAGUGCCAUAUAACUUCUUGUUUGUUUUACAAGCCACUGGCCAAGAGACAAUGGCGUCCUGUAAAGUGAAGUUGUCCCCCUCUAAUCACUUCCAGUCGUGUUCCCUUGCCAAAGACAUGUUGGCAUUAGUUGGUGUUUGAAUAAAGUAGCAGAUGCUUGACAGGCUGAAAGUCAGAUAGAUGUUUAGAGCGCUUUAGAUGCAGACUACAACACAGGUAUACAUAUGCAGGUCUAACAGCAUGUUACACAUUCAACGCUUGUGGAAAUAACAUCAUAUUCUUUAUUAACAAGGAAAUACAACACACAGUAACAAUCAAACCCGGUGGCUGCAGUGGAGAUCAAUAACAGGGAUUUACUCCCUUCCUGAAAUAUAAAACUCCCAUUUGAUUCUUUCUCUCUUUUGUGUGUAUUUUGUUCUCAUCUCUCACCUCACUUCACUAUCUUUCUCCCCUUUUUUUUCAAAGCCAAGCUGGAGGGGACUUGGGUUAGCGCCUAAGUGUCAAAUAACACGAUGCUUAUUAUAACAUGAUAGCCUUCUUCACCAGGGGGGGCUGAAUCCAGUGAAAGAGGGGGAUGAGGUGGAGGAAGGAGGGGUGAGAAAAGAGGAAUACUGAGCCAGAUAACAUACAGGAGAGGAAGGUAAGGCCUUAUGUCCGACCACAGCUUUGUAGUCAAGGCGAGCUCGUUGGGUUUAAAGGCGAAGGGUGGAGAGGAAGAGACAGAGAGAUAGAAAGACGGACUGGGGGGAGUGGACACAAUGGUAGUGGAGACAAAGGGGAGGGAGAAGCUAAAACAAUAAUAUCAAUUUUCACAGCUUGGACUGGAUCCUUUGUUACAUUAUUGUCAACAGUGACAAUGACACUACGUGCCGCUAGAAUAAGAGAAUGCUGACACAGGUUAAAUUAAAAUACGUAAAUAAAAUGCAUUUAAUUUCCCAUUCCAACACUAGCGAUCAAUCAGCGGCGGUUUACUUCAGUGAAAGUAACAAUACCACAGUGUAGAAAUUUUAUAAGUAAAAUGAUUUGCUGAAGUUUGGGUGCCAUCGCAACAAAAUGUAGCUGACAUAAUGAUUACUGUCAUACUGUUAUGUUACGAUAUCAUUAUAUUAUAUUAUGGGGUUAUGAUUACCAGUGAAAGAAGUACAGAUUGUUUACUGAAGUAAAAGUAGUAAUACCACAAUCUAAAAAUACUUAGAUGACAAGUAAAUGUAUUAUGCAGAGCGGGCCCAUUACUAGAUUAUAAUUGCUGUUGAUCAGUGAUCACUAAUGCUGCUGCUGCUAAAUCUGGGAAUUAUUUUAGUUAUUUUAUAAAUUGCUGGGCUGCCUAAUCUUAAACAUUAUGUAUAUUAUAUUUUGUAAAAAUACUCCCAAACUGUAAAGUAACCAAGUAAAGCGGCGGAGUAAAAAGUACAAUAUUUGAAAGUGAAAGUCGAGAAGAAGUAUCAAGUAGCAGAAAAUGGAAUCAAUGAAAUACAGCUCAAGGUACUGAUGUAUUGUAAGACGUAAAGCUAAUUUUAAGUUAUAGCUAUAUUUGGUGGAGUAAUCCUUAAUAUUGUACUAUUAUAAACUAAUUAUGCAACAUCUUAAUCUGAUAUAGUAAUCUGAGGACUUUUCAGACAAACGAAGCCUACCAGGAAACAAAUCUAAAUCAGCAAACAACUGUUAGAAAACAUUAAUUUCGUUUAGAGCCAAAUUACGUUCCCUUGUGAUAUAAUAAAACUCAAGUCUCAAAAAAUAUACAAGGGGCUUAUAAAGAUCGCAUUGGCUGCUCACCGUCUCGGUCUUGCACUGGACUGGUUUCUCUGCUUCGGGUACCACUUGAUUGGUGAUGGUGGCGCUGUUGAAGUUGGGGCUUUUGUCCUGUUUGUCCACUCUGAUCAGCCGGUUGAUGAACGCGUUGGCAGAUAGCGAGCUUUUCAGGGGUCUGUGCUGCUCCUCAAACACCGGCUCCGCUUUGGAGUUCUUGCGACUUUUCCCGGACAGGAGGUUCUCCCAGAUUUUCCCAUCUUUCGGCGAGAUGGCACCGUUUCUACUCAGCUCAAUGGCGGAGUUCUUUCGGUUUCUUCCGGACAGUAGAGACCCGACUCCUCCAACUCCUCCGCCUGCGUUGUCACCAGAAAAGUUUUUGCGAUGGCCCGUUUUGGAGCCUGUUGUUUUGGUACCGAUGCUGGCCACCAGCCCGGCUUUAGGUUGUGAGCCUGAUUCGGAGGCUGAGCGGAUCCUGUCGGCACCAUUCUUCAGAUUGAUGGGGAACUCCUUGAACCACUUUGCCAUUGUGACUCGAAUGGAAACUAAUAAACCUCUCUGCCUGCUCCGAUGCCUUUUAGCGCCAUACACCACAGGGCUCCAGAGACGCACCUUUAGAAAUCACAGCCUUUCCAACAAAAGACUUCCUUCCGUUGCUUUAUUCUAGGAUAGAACAUGUGUAGACUAAAGGAUCUCCACACCUCAAUUUAGAGCAUGUCAGAAAUGCGUCCAAAAGCCAAUGGUUCUAUUCUUAAACUUUCAACUUAAAAAAACAACGUUUGUAAGUACAAAAUAGGCUACAUGCCUAUUUGGCAAAAAAAAAAGAAAAAAAAUGAACAAAUACCACUACUUUAUCCCAUUUGUGAUUAUCUUACACCUGCUCCUUCUUCUUCAGAGGAAUAGUUCAUUCCCGUUGGAUGAAAAGGUGUCUUCGGAGUGGGAACACCCGAAAGAAGGCAAAGUUCUUCUUGCUUCUGAUUUGUGGUCCCAUUCCCAAAGUGGCUUAUCUGGUCUUUCACAACCUUCUACUGUCGCAAUGGGGCUCCUGACUGCGCCUGGAGUAUAGAGAGGGGAGGGGGUAUCUGAAGUUAAGAGGGGAGGCAGGACCGGGUGGGCGGUGAUAAGCUUUUAAUUAGACACCAGAAUAGCCUUUUGGGGAGUUAUUUUACUUCAAGAUUAUUCGACACAUUGCGUAAUCGAUGGCUUUGUAAUUUAUGUAGGUUCUGUUUGAAACUACACCAUCAUAAUAAAUAUUUACAUUAAAAUAUCUGUUAACCAAAAAUUAAAGAAUAAGCUUGAAAAAGUAAAAAAAAAAGAAAAAGUAUGUUGGACUUCUAAAAUGUUGGUAUUUCAAUACAUUUUGAUUAGGCUCUGGAACUUGAAAACAUCUGUAUAGAAGCUUACCUCCAUUCAUACGAACUUUUUAUCCCCAUACGACUUAAAUUGAUAAAGUUAUGUUAAUAAUUUGAUGUUGGAUGUUAAUUAUAUAUUAAUCUUAAUGUCACUUCAUAAUGUCUAAUUAAUCUCCACUCCUUUAAUUCGGGUAUCGUUGGGAAAUGGUCUGUUUUGAGCUGCUCCACAUAUACAAGUGAUAGGUAUGACACGUAUUCUAUCAAUUUAGUAAAAUGCUGUUAACCACGGUUAUACAGAUAGUUAAAAAAAACAAAACAUUUUAAUAGUAUAUACUAUACAACACAACCUGUGUUUUAAUCGAUAUAAUGUUUCAUACUUUUUAAUUUCAUGAAGCAUACAUAUCGACUCCCCCAUGUUUGUGAUGAGAUGUAACCUUCCAUGGUGCGCGAUACUCCUGCUUGUCCCUCUUUGUCUGGUGGCGACAGUAGGCCAUGAUAAUUAUGGCAAAAUUUGCGUUUUUGAAUGAAUUAUAGUUGAAUGGUGGAUCAACAAGCAUACACCGUGUGAGGACUGGUUUCUGGCAAUGACACACCAGAGAGUUUCAAUUUAAAGGACAGCAGAGCAAGCAACGGAGAAAGGGUACAGUUUGCUUCCAAGACAGUCUGCAAGAUGGCUAGCUAUCUUCAGUGGCAUGCUAACGUUAGCUAGCAAGCUAAUGUUAGCAUAGUAAACAACAGUUUUCAAAACAUGAUCAAUUGCUUUAUCUUAUAAAUGCUGUGAUAAGUGGAACUGAGUGCACCUUUUCACAAAUGACUGUAGAACGGCACAUCACAGUUUCGGAUUAAUGUUCCAGUGUUGCCGCUACUGGGGUAAAAUCUCACCGCUGCUAGCAAGCCACAUUGAGUAACGUGGCUAGCUAGUUAGCCGAGGUAGAAACUAGCUCGCGUUAGCUAGCUGGUGGACUUCUUUGCUACACAUCUGUAAGUGAUCAUUGACUGUGGGGGGGUGCUCUUGUAACUUGCUUGUACUGGCAGUCAAGCCAGGUAGCGAGCAACCAGUUUCACUCAGCUAGCUGGAUCUGGUUUUCAACGAGGCGAACUUGUGCUAAUAAAUAACGUGAACCAGCUGAGUUUUUACCUGACGUUUUAUUUGGUGACCAAAUCCCGGCGUGACAGACACCGUGGCGAAAUAUUUUGCAGCAGCAGCAACGGAGUUUGCAGACCUGGGCCGGCGUUAUAAUAUAAAAUACGUGUUACUAACUGCUGUGAUGAUAACCAUUUUAACGUGAUUGACAUGACCUGAAGGCAGAUUCCACCCACUCGGCUCGUAGCCUUCAAGACGUCGUCAUUUUUUGUAAACUUUUUUUUUUCUUGCACAUGAACGGUGAUAUGCCACUUCACCGACAGUCAUAAUUAGCUAAUGGCUGCCGAAUCGGGGAAACUACUGGCGGGACAAGGAAAACGAAGCAAAGGUAGGAAUAAAUUUCACCCAUCUCCCAAUCAGACCGGAAUCAUCCAUUACUGCGCUGCAAUGGGCUGCACUGGUGCUGUUAGCAACUCCCUUCUCGCCCCCCCCAUGUGUAAACUUCACGACUGUCUCCGGUGGUGGCUGUUUCUCACAGAGUGGAUCUGUGGACGGGGUUCAUGUCUAUCUUGCUAUAAAUGUACCUUCAACUCCGUUUCCUCGUUCUCAUGUCCUCGUCUUUUCCUGUCUCCCUCAUUGACCUUACCUCUUCUGCCUCUUGUUUGCGGCCUCUUUCCCUCUCGCCGGGGUCAUUUGGUCUGCCUGGGUCAUUUUUUUUCUCGAUUCCAAGGCUUCAUAUCCUUGGUGGUGAUGGCGCCUGGAUGUUCAGCAUCUUGUCCUCAUGCCAGUCUAUGUCCCAUCAUUGAAUCCAUCUCAACUGUUGGACUUGGGAAAAAAAGAGGCCCUAGGUCUAACGCUGCUCCACUCUGUCACUCAGGGGUAUUGGCCAAUCCAAAUGUGAUGGUGCGCUUGAUUGGUGGUGGACCAAUAGCAUGAGACAUGGAAUCCUGUUGUUAUUAUUAUGGCUAAUAUUACAUUUCUCCUUUUCCCACCCCGUCCCUCCAUAUUUCACUCUUUCAGCUUCACAGAUGAAGAGCCCGGAGAAGAAGAAGGCGAGGAAAUCCACCAACCAGGCGGCAGGAUUCUCCCACCUCACGGAGUUUGCACCCCCUCCUACCCCCAUGGUGGACCACCUGGUCGCCUCCAACCCCUUCGACGAUGACUUCGGGCCCCCAUCCCGACCUACUGGGACAGGUGCACCAAGCAGUGCUCCAUUUAUUCCCAGCCCAGGCGGAGGAGGUGGGUAUGUCGGUGGGGGCAGAAUGGGCGUAGGCAUGGGCUUCAUGGGAGGCCCAGCUGGACCAGGCGGCGGCCAACCUGGACGGAGGCUACCGUUCGGACCUCCAUCCAACGCUGGUCCUCACCACCAGCUUAGCUUUGGAGGAAUGCCUGGCUUUGGAGGUGGCGGCGCUGGGGGGGGGGGAGGGGGUGGGUUCCCCCCUGGUGGCCCUUCUCAGUUCAACAUGCCCCCAAACUUUAGCCCACCCAUGCACCCCGGGCCAGGAUUCAAUCCCAUGUUGUCUCCAGGGGCUAUGGGAGGUCCUGGGGGAGGGGGGCCACCCCACCCUAGGUUUGGCAUGCCUCCACAGCAGCAACACGGACAGAGUGGACACCCAUUCAACAGCCCACCGUUACCUGGUGGCGGAGGUCCCAGAGGGCCCCCGCAUGGCCCCCUGCCUCCCAUGGGAGGAGGCAUGGGUCCUGGGAUGAACAUGAUGGGUGGCAUGGGCGGUGGCCCCGGAGGCAACAUGGUGGGUGGGUUACCAGGUAUGCCCCCUCAAGGACAGUUCCCUCCCUCGCAGGAUGGGCCCUACCCUGGCCCCAGUCCGCCAGGGCCAGGCAACGAGGAUGUAAAAAACUUUGGUGGAGGAGGGCCUCCGCCUGGGCCUCAGCAGCAACAGCAGCAACAGCAACAGCAGCAACAGCAACAGCAACAACAACAACAGCAACAACAUCAACAACAACAACAACAACAGCAGCAGCAGCAGCAGCAGCAGCAGCAGCAACAGCAGCUUAGCCUAAAUCCUAACGGCCCCCCUCCUAAUAAUACCACUCCUGGCCCUCCUCCUAACUCCGGCCCCCCGCAACCAGGAGGAGGCUUCCCUGGCCACCCUGACGUCCAGCAGCCCAAUUCCAAUACACCCGGUCAGCCUCCCUCAGCACCUCCGCAGCCUAACCCCAACUCUUCUCCUACUGGUCCCCUGAAUGGAUCAGGCCAGCAACAGCAUCCACCGCCCAGUCAGCUACAACCCCCCAGCAAUGCAAACACCCCCAACUCUAACAACUCUACCCAGCAGCAGCAGCAAUCCACCCCACCGAACUCUGCCCCUGGCUCCACUCCGUACAACCAGCAGAACAACACUCCCGGUGCUGGUGGUCCCAUGCCAAAUGCGGCCCCCAACCCGGGUCAGAACAGCAUGACCAAUAACAACGGAGGCAACACUCCUGGCAGCAACCCCAAUCCCCCCUCUAACUCCACUUCAACCCCAAACACCCAGUCUCCGCUGCCCCCCGGCCCCGCUGUCCCCUCGACCGGGCCUGGCACCGGCCCUGGAAAACUCGGCGGCCCCGGGAUGGUCUUCCCUUGUGGCCUCUGCAUGGCGGAGGUGCACGAUGACCAGGACGCCAUCCUGUGCGAGGCGUCGUGCCAACGCUGGUUCCACCGCGACUGCACAGGCCUGACCGAGCCGGCGUACGGGCUGCUGACACGAGAGAGCGCCGCCGUCUGGGCCUGUGACUUCUGCAUCAAGACCAAGGACAUCCAGGCCGUGUUUGUGCGCCAGGGGUUAGGCCAGCUGGUGGCCGCUAAUGAGAGUUGAUGAGUGGGUGACAAAAGGAGCAGCAUGGAGGUGCGUCACAUAAGGACAAAUGGAGACAUUCUUUGCUUUGAUCGAACUGAAUGACCUGUGUGUCAUGUCAGCUACUCUCUUCUCUUGACUAGCCCUUUACUUGUUGACUACACAGAGAAACACACUCAUUGACAUUCAUGCUUAUAUAUAGCAUGUCUAACGCCUAAUCCCCCCCCCCCCCCCCCCCCCCCCC